AUGGCUUCGGACACCACCGUCCUCAUCACCGGCGUCAACCGCGGCAUCGGCCUCCACCUCUUUAGGACAUACCUCGCCCGCCCACGCCACACCGUCAUCGGCGCCGUCCGGGACCCUUCGGCGCCGGCAUCCCAGUCCCUCCUCUCCGUCCCCACCGGCGCGAACAGCCAAGCCAUCAUCGUCAAGAUCGACUCCGCCUCCCUCACCGACGCCGCCGCCGCCAUCCACACCCUCCAAACCACACACGCCAUCACCCACCUCGACCUCGUCAUCGCCAACGCCGGCAUCCAAACCGCCCUCCCCUGGGUCAGAGACGUGACGCCCGCAGACCUGUCCUCACACUACGCCAUCAACGUCAUCGGGCCCGUCGUGCUGUUCCAGGCGACGUUGCCGCUGCUGGAAGCCGCCGCGACAGCGGGCGGGCCGCCGCCCAAGUUCGUCACCGUCGGCUCGGCCGGCGGCAGCAUCGGGUUGAUGGGCCAUCUGCCGUUCCCGAACGCGGCGUACGGCCCCGCCAAGGCGGCGCUGCAUUAUCUGACGAGGAAGGUGCAUGUCGAGCAUCCUCGCCUUGUCGCCUUUCCUGUCGAUCCUGGGUGGACGAAGUCGGAUAUGGGGAAUGAGGCGGCGAAGAAGUUUGGGAGAGAGGAGGCGCAGGUGGAGUUGGCGGACAGUGUCGCGGGCCUGGUUAGGGUGAUUGAUGAUGCAACGAGGGAGAAGACGUCGGGGAGGCUGAUGGUUUGGGAUGGGUCGGAAUUGCCGUGGUGA